AUGGCGAGCGCAACAGAGCCGACGCCAGCACACACUCCGCCGAGGCCAAGUGCCCCGCGCCCAAAGGGGAUCCUCAAGAAUUCAUAUCGCAACUCACCUCCUCCCGUGUCACCGACCGAUGCUCCGCUGCACCCCAUCCCAUCUGACCACCCGUUGACGCCCAAGGAGGCCAAAGAGCUGACAAUCAUCAACACACAACGCAACGCGGGACAUCGGCGCUCGUCGUCGACGGCCGGGUCCCGCCCCGGCGGCUCGCGCAGGCAGAGCUCGCUGCCACCCAACAACAACGAAAACAACGAGCAGGAGGAGCAGGGCCAGCGGCUCAAGUGGGACGAGGCGAACCUAUACCUGACGGAGCAAGAGCGCACCAGCACCAUGAAGAUCAACGAGCCCAAGACGCCCUACGCCAAGCACUACGACCCGCUCGAGGACCCGUCCGACAUGGAGGACAACAACGACGUCGACAUGGCCGAGCCCAUCGACCCUGACAGCGUCGACAUGGACCGGCUCGACGGCGUGCCGAAUGCGCAUCAGCAGGGUCAGCACGAACGACAGCAGCCGUCUCAGCCCCGCCGCCGUACGCACCACGCUGACGACGAGAUCCCGCACAUCUCGCUGGGGGAGCCCGAGGAGGAGGUGCCCGAACACGACGAGUUCCCUCCGUCGUCGCGGCCGUCGAAUAAACGGCCCCGCGCAGUGCACGUCGACAGCAACGGCAGUGGGCACGACACGGACGGCGAGGAGUACUUGGUGGGGCUGAGCGUCGAGGAGCGCGAGAAGCACCGCCGGUUCGAGGAGAUGCGCAAGAAGCACUACGAAAUGAAGAGCGUGGCGGCGCUGCUGGGGCAUCCGGAGCAGUUGGAGGUGGAGGAUGAGGAUGACGAUGACGAGGAGGAAAAGGAGGGGGAGGAGAAACCGCCUGUCCCGCCUUUGCCGGCGGGGCAGGUGAACGGGUCGUCGUGCACUCGCCUGUCGGACUCAAUGCAACUCACACGGCUGCAGCGGCCCCUCCAAAGGGCUGCUGUCAGCAGUAACCGACCAUUCGGCGCUGUUUUGCGCCCGACGACAGCGACGGCGCCGACGACGAGUCUCGAAGACCGAUUCGCCCACCUCCGCAUCGCAUUGCCGACGGCUACCGGUGCCGCCGUCGAGGGCCGGCGUUAUGCUUCGGUCAAGUCGCAGGGUGCCUACAGGAUCCCAAACAAAAAGACGAUACCCAAAAAAAUGGGCGCCAAGAAGACCGGCGACCAAUAUGUCAUCCCUGGCAACAUUAUCUACAAACAGCGCGGCACGAUAUGGCACCCCGGCGAGAACACCAUCAUGGGCCGCGACCACACGAUCCACGCCGCAGUGGCUGGCUACGUCAAGUACUACCGAGACCCGGAACGCCACCCGAAGCGCCAGUAUAUUGGGGUCGUCUUCAACCGCGACGACAAGCUUCCCUAUCCCAAGAGCGCCCCUCGCCGGCGCAAGCUCAACCUCGUGGCCGUGCCCCGGAAGACCGAGCAGUCAAUUGAGGAGACCACAACACCGAGCGGCAUCCCACGCUCCGUAACGCGGCACGACGACGAGAUUCCACAGGCCGAAAACAACGAAACUGCCAAGGCGGCGGCGGAGCAGGCUCCUGGUCGGCCGGAAGAGCCGAUGCCCCUAGUGGAUGGCAACGCCGUCGUUUCCAGCCUAAUCCAGGACAAGCUCAGGGCCAGGCAAGCUGCUCAAGCCAAGAGGGAGGCACGGAGUCUUGAGCAGCAGAAGGAACUCGAGGCACGCAAGGCCACGCGUGUGUUCCACCUGCAGGACGAUUACAGCUACCGCGAGAGCAAUUGGGAGAUUGGCCGCCUCGUGGGCGACGCCGGCGUCAUCCCCGGCCUUGAGAAGAGCGAGUCGAGGAAGGCUAAGUUCCGUCUGCGCAGGAGGAAACGCAUGGUCUGGUUCAGGGGCCUCAAGAACCGCAAGAUCGAAAAGGCCGCCCGCCGUGAGGAGUACAAGGCGCGGAUGCGUGAGGAGAAGGAACAGAUGUUGGCUCAGAGGAAAGAGGCGGCUGCCGCCGUCAAGGCGUCCCUGGGCAAGGUGGCGGCUGAGGCGGCAGCUGCCGCGGCGGCCAAGGAGACAGCAGCGGACAAAGCUAAUGCCGACGCCUGA